AUGUUCUUCAAGAGCAAACUACUCCUCUCAUUCGUGGGCCUUGCUAGCGUCAUCGCUGCCCCAACGAAGCAACCCCGUCUUGAAGACCUCCAGUGCCGCUGCCUCACCUUCUCCACAAGUGCCGCACCUACGCUUUGCUCUUACCAGGAACAACUCACACUCGACUGGGACACGGCUUACUCGCUUGCAACCGUCAACGAUCUCAAGAUACAGUUCGCUAAUAAGAAAGCCAUGACCAAAGUUCUUGCACUUCCCAAGCCUGUGCCUACUAGCAUCCUCUUGAGCGUUCAUGAGGGACAGGUACGGCCAUUGGACCCGGCGAAGAAGGUGCAGAAUGAGAAUAGAAUUGUCUGUGGGUUCGGAGAUGAGGUUGAGCACGUGGGGGAUCACGAAAAGAGCCUGGAGGUAGAGGUGCAUUAUGUCGGAACCGUGCUGGGGCUGUUCAUGUUGCUCCUCAUCAUCUACCUUGUUGGAGACUAUCUGUGGACUAGAUACAUCUCUCGUGUCGGAAGCAUAAAACUGGAAGGAGAUGAAAAGACUUUGACAGCCGAGUUCGAAACGUCGACGAACAACUUGACAAUCGACUACCCUUGA